GCUUGGAGAUUAGUCUUGGGCAGAUUUGACUGUAUGAUCUAUCGCUACCACCUGUUCAGAGUUACCCAGAAUGCACCGCGAUAGCCAUCACUUACAAAAUGGCGGCGCCCAUAGCAACAGAGGACGCUCCCGGGUGAUUUUUUCCCUUUUUCCACCGCAAAUCGAAGUAAUUUGGCUAUUACAACCGACCACAGGUUUCACCGAUGUUCUACACUGGCUUGUAGUACUGUGGCAUGCCUUAGUACUACCGAUUUAUUUGCAGAAAAUAGUAGAAUUGAAAUCAGAUCUGACUCUCCAUCGAACUUGCUCACUCGACCAGUACUUUGCCGGGUCAGCUCUUCGCUUUAGUCAACAUUAAACUGCGGUGCCUCAGAGCAGAUAUCAACAUUCACAAGGAAUAAUACAACAUUGGGAACCAAUCUAGCUUGAGAUCGGGUGUGUAUGUGUGUAUGAUAAAGCCAGGAUGGCAAGCCAAGCGCAGCCGAGCCCUCUCACCGACCCGAGGAUUCUCGCCAUCAUGGCGUCCCUACAACAGCCCGAUGAAGAGGCACAUGAACAGAAGUACGCGUCCUUUCCCGGAUUCCGCGCUGCGGAGCUGUUGGACCUACCGCAGCAGUUGGAGGCUCCGCAGGUCAUGGACAGGGUCACCAAGGCUCAGGACUUUAAUCCUGGCUUUAAGAAGCUGUGGAAGAAGCUGUUUCUGUCGGAGGCAUCGGUAGCUGUGAUGCAGGACACAUUCUGGUGGUAUUUCCUGGAGAAGUUUGAGAAAAACCGACCUGAAGACCAGGACCGGCUGUUUAACCGGAUAGCGGACAGCUUCGUGGCUCUCUUCAUGUCUGUUAACCCUGAUGUCAGGGACAAGUACUUCAAAGUGUAUGCAGACUGCUUGGCCCAGUCCAUCUAUGCUGCCUUUGCUGAAGCUUUUCCUGAGUCCCAGGACAAGUUUGACGAACGCUUCAUCAAGGACCUUAUCAACAUCAUAUCUGAGUGGAUAUCUGGUACCCGCCCAGCCCCAGAGUCGUGGCGUAAGUGGAACUUGAAGCGCCUGCGGCCCAAGAGCCCCACAGCCAUGGCGGACGACGAACACAGCAAGCAGAAAUCCAUGAUGGCCGCUGCGACUUCCCUUACCAAAACAGUCAGGUUUGUAAAUUUGGUGGGUCUUGUGAUGCAGACCAGCGCUUCAAGCGACCAAUCAGGGUCCAGUAAAAGGAGCUCUGACCAAUCAGAAGGAGGAGGAAGAAAAUCAGUGAACUUCAGCUUGAACUUUGACAUGUCAGACCUGCGUGACAUCAGUCGGCUGGGCAAAACUGACCAGGCACGCGUCGCCACGGGAACGACCGCCACUCACUCACCGGUCAAGACCAGGGAGCUGCCCAGUAGGAGUACCAGAGUCGGUACCCAGGGUGGAAUAACUACUGAGUCCCGUAUUGCUACAGUCAGUACACCCAAGCUGCAGCCUAUAGAGUCUCACCAGACAGGCCCAGGCCCGCAGUUUGAACGGGUGACCUUUAACCUGUCCGGGCGGAGUCCGCUGGUGUCGCACUACCUGCAGAUGAAGAGUCUAGAGGAGCGGGAGACCAGAGACCUGGUGGGGAGGAGGGUCCGCAGGACGGAGGUCAAGAGGCUGCCUCCUCCUGGCCCGACCUACCGAGAUGUCAUCAAGGAGUCCUUGGAGAUGACCAAGAGUCUACAGGAUGAGUAUAAGAAGAUUUGUGAGAUCACUGCCCAGGAGAGGAUGAGAAUAGAGAGACAGAGAAGAGAUGCUGUCAAACAGAUUGAGAAGUUAAAACAGGACCUUUCCAAGCAGAGUUGGGAGAUGAAGGUCUUUACUGAGAAGGUUCACGACAAACGGAAACAACGAGAGUUGUUCAAACCUGCCAACAGGGGGAGAGACAGAGACUGGAUGGAUGAGGAGGAGACAGAAGAGGAGGAGGAGGAGGAUGAAGAUGAACAAGGAGAGGAGGAAGGUCCAGGUGAUGGAGAGAUGAAGGAAGGAGGAGAUAAGGAAGAAGAAGAACAGAAAAGGGUACCAGUAGUACAGAUCAAUGAAGAGAGUGUGAGAAGUGCACGGAGCUCGGCUCAGUCCAGAAAGUCAGCUGGAUUCUAUAGUUAAGACAACACGAAAUGAGGAGCUGCAUUUGAUGUCACCAUGUUUUUAUUGUUGCUGGAAAGGGUACACAAAACAGUUUUUCAUAAACAGCAGGCAACACUAAUUAUUGUGUCUGAAAUAAGACAGUGUCCAAUUCCUGAAAAUUUGUUCUUUAUUGCGAGGAGAAUAACAUUGUCUGAUACUGAUUAUGUUACAUCAUCAACAUAAAAAUUCAUCAUAGUUGGUAAAUUACAUACGGUAAUAAGAAAAAUAAAUUCGGGUGAGUAAAAUUUUCAGGAGUUGGAGAAUAGUGUAUAUCUCUUAUGAUGUUACAUUAUGGCACAGAACACUGAAUACCCACAGCUAAUGGGAACAUCUUUCAGUCUUAUUAUCAUGAUAUAGAGUUAAGAUUCAUAGAAUUCUGCAAAAUUCUGUAUGCCUUUCUCAGAAUUCUGGAGAAUUCUGUAGAACUGUUCAUGUCCCUGGAGACAGCAAACAAUAAAAUGGGUAGUGAGUUUGCUAGAACUAUUAUUUAUUCAAUAGACAUGAGAAGCUCAAAUCGGCCUGCAGGCUACUUUUUAUUUAGGUCAUGGGGGAGGUUGAGGGUCAGAUAGAAUAUAACAGAGAUACAGAUUACAUUGAACCCUUAUAAAUCAACAUAUCACUCACACUCACUCACUAUCCGUUUAUAUCUGAUUACAUAAUACAAAAACAUAUAGUAGACUGUAGGCAGGGUUCAUGGUCCAUGUACAUUUGUAUUGGUCAUUUCUUUUACUUCAAGAGUAUCUGAAAGUAGGUUAGAUUUGUAGCCUUACGUGUGAGUGUCUGAG